AGCCAAAAAAGGAGACGGAAAGAUCCGCCUAAAUUUUUUUCCCCCAAGUCCCACCUCAUAGUCCACCACACAGCACCACCACCAUCCCUCCAUACCCAAUUCCCUACCACCCAACCUUCCUCCUUCAUCCUUUCCAACCUUUCUCCCCAUCACCAAAACCUCAUCAAUCCAAUCCUCCAACCUACCGACUAAUUGCCACCUGCUCUAAUUGCUGCCGCCACCACCUUCCCUCAAUUUCCGCCACCACCACCAACUAUGGCAUCCAUCUCCUUCAUCUCCACCACCCCUACCCCCAACACUUCAUCAUCCUCCCUCAGUUUCUCUCGCAUUCUCUUCCCCAUUUCUUUGUCGCGAUCAUCAGCAUCGGCAUCAUGUUCAUCCAGGAGACCCGCCUUCUCGAUUCGUGCUUCACUUUCCCAGGAUGAUCUGAAGCGCCUGGCCGCCGAUAAGGCCGUUAGCUACGUAGAGAGCGGCAUGGUCCUCGGCCUCGGCACGGGCUCGACGGCCGCAUUCGUGGUGGCGAAGCUUGGCGAGCUCCUCUCCCGCGGCGAGCUCACCAACAUCGUCGGCAUCCCUACCUCCAAGCGCACAGAAGAGCAGGCGGCCUCCCUCGGCAUCCCUCUCUCCGUCCUCGACGACCACCCACGCCUCGACCUCGCCAUUGAUGGUGCCGAUGAAGUGGACCCCGAGCUCAACCUCGUCAAGGGCCGAGGCGGCGCUCUUCUCCGCGAGAAGAUGGUCGAAGCCGCCUCCGACAGGUUUGUCGUCGUCGUCGACGAGACGAAGCUCGUUGACGGUCUCGGCGGCAGCCGCCUCGCCGUCCCCAUUGAGGUCGUGCCCUUCUGCUGGCGCUACAACCUGAACCGCCUCAAGGAGAUCUUCAAGGAGGAGGGAUGCGAGGCCAAGCUGAGAUUCUCCGAGUCAGGCGACGGAAAGCCCUAUGUGACGGACAAUUCGAACUACAUUGUGGAUCUCUACUUCGAGACACCCAUCCGCGAUGCUCGCGCCGCUGCCGCCGAGAUCGCCGGGCUUGAGGGCGUUGUGGAGCACGGCCUCUUCCUCGACAUGGCCUCUGCUGUUAUCAUCGCCGGUGCCAAGGGGGUCUCUGUCAAGACGAAGUGAGAAUUUGGCAGAGAAGUCAAUUUGGGUAAAUGCCCAUAAUCUGCCUUCCUUUCCUUCAGUUCUGUUGUUCUGGUUCAGUUGUUUUUUGAGGUUUUUGUUCAAUUAAGAAAGGUGGGAGUGAUUGGAAAGAACUGAAUCGAUUGGGAAUGGGGUGGUUCCUGCUUAUUUAGUCGUUGAGUGACUCUGUGUCCUAGUGGCAAUUUUGUAAUUUAAUAAUUUGGAUAUCGCUAUUUACCUGGCCUUCCUCUCUAUCAAUUCGGGUAGUUUUUCA